UGUCGCCAGCUUGUCCGAACGCUCUGCAAUUUACACCGAGGCGUCAAGUUCAAGCGCACACCACGGGUAAUUACACUUUAAAGUGGUUAAUACAUUGGUAGAAUAUCUAUUAUCCAGCUCACGGCUCAUGGUGUCCUAGACAGACCGAUCUGAGCCUGACGAUUCUUUUCCUGUUUCCGGAUUACUUUAUUCAAGCCGCUGUUUCCUCACACCGGCAUCCGGAAUUAACCGUAUUCGUUACAUUUACUCACGAGGAAAAAUGGCAUCAGUAUUAGUGAUAUUAAUCCUUGCGCUGGUUUCCAAUGGAUUUUGCGAUAAUUCUUUCCUGAACUUUUUCCGCCAGCCCCGCCAAGACGAGAAUACGUUUGAGCUGAACUCACUCACACCGCGGCAGACUAGCUUGAUGUCCCUUCUGCUCCAGCAGCUGGCGCCCAAUCCGGAACCGGAGGAAAAGGUCGUCAUUCCCGCCGAGGAUCCCUCCAUCCAUGUCGUCCGCCCCGCGGGCGGUGAUGUCCUGCGCGGGGGCGCCGGGAUCGCCGGUUUGGAUUUGGGAGCGAUGGCGGCGGCGGCGGCCACUACGCAGGAAACCCCCACCACGACAACGACGACCACCACAACGACAACCACGACGACGGAAGCGCCCACAACGGCCGCGCCUGUGAAGAGUGAGGAAAAGGUCUCGGAAACCAAGGUCGCCGUGGACUCCGGCGCCGGCGCCCAUGUCGCCGAGGAAGCCAAAGCUAACUCCAGUAUCAGCAGCCACCUGAACAUCACCGAGACGGAAGCCUUCAAGAAGCUUGUAGGCGCCUUGACCAAGGUGAUCGGGGCCAUGGAUAAGCGCAACGCCUCCCACAAUGCCCCCGCCACCAACAAGCAGGCCGUUGUCGCCGUGGCCGCCACCGUGGCGCCCACCACCGCUAGCUACUACGCGACGACACGGCCGAGCAUGGUGCAGACGACCACCAUGGGCUACAGUUAUGGAGCAUCGUAUGCACAGUCUUCCGGUUAUGGCAGCAGCAGUGGCACUUCGUCCGGAACGUCGGGAACGUCGGGAACAUCGGGAACAUCGUCGUCUUCCGGCAGCUCUUUAGGUGUACCGUACGGCUACUACAGCCAAGUGCAGUACUUCCCGUACGCACAGAAUGCCAGCAGCCAGUUGACAUCGCCGCUCAUCUUUUCACCAUACUUACCAAUUCCAUCCUAUAUUAACAAGUACUUUGGAUUGAAUUUGCCGCUAACAUCGGGUCGCCGAUAAAGAAGGCAUGCGGCAGCAAGCGAAGGAACCUGUGAUUACUGCAACCUGUAUAGAGAAUUAAUCAUGUACAUAGUGUAAAUAAAUCUUUUCUUGUUUACCGGAUAAAUGUAAUGUUGAUUGGUGAUUAAUGUACAGUAGUGUAUCGGUUACGUAAUGUAUGUUUAUAGCCAGAGCGUGUAAUGUAUGUGUAUAGGUGCGCAUGACCCUGACAGUUAUAUGUAACGAAUCCGUCGGCUUCUUGUUCUCUCUUUUGUGGACGCUUGUUCGAUCGUUCAGUAUGUUGUUCAUGUUUAGCGAAAGUAAUUUUCACAGUAAACGCACUCUCAACACGAGUGUGUUAACCUAGUUCUAAAACGGCGUUGAAAUAUGACUUUAUUAAUAAGUAUAGUGGACA